AUGCCGUCCGCUUUCUUCAAAAAUUACCGCGUCUAUCUUCUGACGGCCGUGGCUUACAUGGGAUCGUUACUUUUCGGUUACGAUACCGGUGUCAUGGGAUCGGUAUUGGCUCUCGCAAGUUUCAGAGAAGAUUUCGGAUUACCGCCUGAUUCGAAGGGAUUUGGUGGAUCCAAAAAUGCACAGGUUUCUUCGAAUGUUGUCUCUUUGCUUACGGCUGGUUGUUUUUUCGGUUCGAUCGCUGCCGCUUUCUGCAAUGAUCGAUUCGGAAGAAAACUCUCUCUCAUGGGGUUCAGCUUGGUUUUCCUCAUUGGCGCCGCUGUUCAAACUAGCGCUAGCCAUAGUAUUGGACAAAUCUAUGCUGGUCGUGUUAUUGCUGGUUUGGGAGUUGGUGGAUGUCUCCAUUACUCCUGUUUUUCGUCGCAGAAAAUGCUCCUCCCCGCAUUAGAGGACGAAUCACGGGAAUGUUUCAAGAGUUCUUGGUACUCGGUUCUACCUUUGCUUACUGGUUUGAAUUACGGUGUUGCAUUACACAUCCCUAAAUCUACUAAGCAAUGGAGAAUUCCAGUCGCUAUUCAACUCAUCCCAGGUGGAUUUCUCUUAAUCGGUCUAUUUUUCUUGAAGGAAUCUCCAAGAUGGCUUGCUAAGCAAGGUCGAUAUGAGGAAGCCACUGCUUCCAUGGCUUGGACUAGAUGCACUACAAUUGAAGAUGAAGAAAUCAUGCAAGAAAUCGCUGAGAUUCGUGCAUCCAUUGAGGAGGAAAUGGCUGCAACUGAAGGACUCACCUGGAAAGAGUGUCUCGCACCAGCCAACAGAUUCAGAUUCUUUUCAGCUUUCUGUCUAAUGUUCUGGCAACAAUUCUCCGGAACCAAUUCUAUUGGAUACUACGCACCGCAAAUCUUCCAAACCAUUGGUAUCUCCGCUGCUAAUACCGCUUUGUUUGCUACCGGUAUCUAUGGUACUUCUCUCAUUUUCGGAGCCGCAUGGAUGAUGGCCAUGAUGUUCAUUCUCUCAGCUGUCCUCGUUACCCACCCACCUGACACCAAAUCCACCACUGUCGCACCAGCAUCAAUCGCCAUGGUUGUAAUGAUCUACCUUUUCGUCAUCGGUUAUUCCGCAUCAUGGGGACCUAUUCCAUGGGUCUACGUAUCCGAGAUUUUCCCCACUCGUCUCCGUUCUUACGGUGUUGGUCUCGCGGCUACUACUCAAUGGUUGUGCAACUUUUCCAUUACCGAGAUUACACCAAUUGCCGUUUCAAACAUUGGAUGGAGAACAUUUUUGAUGUUCGGAUUCUUCUGUUUUGGAAUGUGUGUAUGGUCAUUCUUCAUCAUCAAAGAAACCAAGGGCAAGACAUUGGAAGAAUUAGAUAUUCUCUUCGGAGCUGUCAACGCCGAGCGAAGAGCUCAGGACGUAGAGGCAGUGCUCCAUUCAAAGAAGGAUAUUGUUCAUCAUGAGGGUGACGAGUCAGUAGGAAGCAAGGCUGGCACUAUUAGAGUUGAGGACAGUCCUGAGAAGACUUCCUAG